AUGGAAAACAGCUCUCAUACACUGCCACACUUGUGCCCCUCUCCCGCCACUAUCAGAGGGCCUCUGCCGUUGUCCUCCUCACCCCAGCAUACCUCCUCAAAUGGUCGCAUUUCACUGCCACUUUCGCCUAUCUCUUUCCCGCCAUCCCCAGCCUCAUUUUCUCCAGCAACAGCAGAGUCUGUUCACUCCUGCUCCCCUCUUUCACACUUUACAGUGUCUCAUUGCCUCGAAGGACAAAGCCUAGCUGACCAAGAUGACCUCACCUGUCUCAACUGGCUGCAUCAGAGAGGGGAUCUGCUGCCACUGCAGCCCCUCACCAAAAUGACACCGCUGCCUCAGCAGGAGCCCUCCGUGGCUUCCCAGCUUCUUCCCGCUGCUUCGUCCAAGCCGCCGUACUCCUUUAGCAGUCUGAUUUUCAUGGCAAUAGAAGAUUCGCCACAAAAGAGGCUUCCAGUGAAGGACAUCUACGAAUGGAUUGUGAACAAUUUCCCCUACUACAGGACGGCAACGGGUGGCUGGAGGAACUCUGUCAGACACAAUCUGUCUCUGAGCAAGAGCUUCAGACGCAUUCAGAGGGACAAGAGCCAGGUGGGUGUGCAGUCAGUGGGGAAGGGAUCGCUGUGGUGUGUGUGUCCAGAGUACCGGCCGGCGCUCCUAGAAGUGCUCAGGAAGACCCACAGUUAUCACAGCAACAACAGCAACCUGUUACACAAGCCUGCACUGUUGGAGGGAGAAAGCUACAAGAUGCCUGCUGAGUGUGAUUCGAUGGAAAUAUUAGAUCCUCUUUCUCACACCCUCCUCCUGUCUACUGCCGAUAGUCCGAUUUUAGCCGAAAACCCGCUGUGCCUUCUGACCCCGGAUCACGAGGAGCUCGUCACCAUGGAGUCUGUGGAAUACCAGCAGGAGGAAGUGUGUGAAGACAUGGAGAAGGACCCCCUGUCUGACAGCGGCUACAUCGAGCUGCACUAUUAUGAGUCUCAGCAGUACCAGUACCUUGUGCUGCCGGACGACACCGAGCUCGACCUGGAGACCGUGGAGAUCCUGCAGCUUGAUGCCGAGGCCCAGGAGGCUGCCGGGUCACUGCUGGACCUCGCAGGUGGUGGAUAUUAGUUCAGAUCCUCAAAGAAACCCUCCUGGGAUGACAACACUGCCCUAUAGCCUGUUUACUGCCCUGUAGUGAUAUUACAGUAA